CGUCCCCGGGGAGGAAGGCGGUGGAAGGGGGUUACGUAGUGUCGGCUCCGUAUUCUCGAAGUGCGGUAGUGGUUUUGCUCUGCCGUAGGGCUGCCUGCGGCGUUGGCGUAGCGGCCGCAGUUGGCGUAGCGCUAGCAGAGGCGGCCGUGGCGGGGAGCAGCGGCGGCCGUGCGAGGAGAGGGCAGGAGAGGCUGACCUGAAGACCUGUACCAAGGAGUAGCGCAGGAAGAGGGGAGAGAACCUGGAAGCAUUCUGUAUGUGCUGCGCACAGACUUAAGGCUUCUUCAGAAACUCACGAUGACUUCCCGCAAGAGAUGCCUGCUGGAGGGGUUCUGCUGAAGUCAGGGCACUGCAGCCUCUAACUGGAACAGCUCCUGCUGGCCUGGAGCUGAGACUUACUUAUCUCCCUUCCUUUUCCCUUGGAGAUGUUGCAGAGAUUUAAUCUGACCUCUUCCUCCUCACCUGAAGCCUGCCGUGGCAAUGAUCCCGCAGCCAGAUCCGACCACCAAAGAGAAGAAGAUUGUUCGUUUGAGGCUGGGCCGUCGUUGUAACUGAACUGGAAUUCACUCCCUGCUUACGCUCCAGGAACAAGCACUGUUCCUCUGCUUGUCUGUGUGUGUUUUGAGCCACUCCUCCCUCAUCUUGUUUGGAGUUCCUGGGCUUUCCACACUGAAUUUGCCCAUGGCUUUCCUGAUGAAGAAGAAGAAAUUCAAAUUUCAGACAAGUUUUACUCUAGAAGAGCUGACUGCUGUCCCCUUUGUGAAUGGGGUUCUGUUCUGCAAAAUCAGGCUGUUAGAUGGAGGAGACUUUGCUAGCUUAUCUACCAGAGAAGAAGUCCAGGAAAAUUGUGUCCGCUGGAAAAAGAAGUUUACCUUUGUGUGUAAAAUGAGUGCCAACCCAGCCACAGGGCUCCUGGACCCCUGCAUCUGCCGAGUAUCCGUCCGUAAGGAGCUGAAGGGCGGAAAAACCUACUCCAAGCUGGGCUUUGCUGAUCUAAAUCUGGCAGAAUUUGCUGGCUCUGGAUCCACCGUUCGUUGCUGCUUGCUGGAAGGAUACGACACUAAGAACACACGACAGGACAACUCCAUCCUCAAGGUCACCAUCGGGAUGUCCCUGCUCUCAGGGGACCCCUGCUUCAAAACGCCACCUUCCACUGCCAAAUCCAUCACCAUACCAGGGCAGGACUCUACCCUGCAGCUUACCUGCAAGGGUGAGGGAACCACAAGCAGCAACAGCAGUUCAGCCACAAUUGGUUCUCUGCGUCAGACCAAGCCAAGAGCAACCAUUCUCAGCUCGGCAGGUGUCCCUGAAGAGCCAGAUCAGAAUCUGUCCAGCCCAGAGGAAGUCUUCCACUCAGGGCACUCACGGAACUCCAGCUAUGCCAGCCAGCAGUCCAAGAUCUCUGGUUACAGCACGGAGCACUCCCGUUCUUCUAGUAUGUCUGACUUGACCCAUCGCCGGAACACCUCCACCAGCAGCAGUGCAUCUGGGGGGCUGAGUAUGACAGUGGAGUGCCCUGAGGGAGAGCGGGAACACAAACUAGAGAAGCCACCUCGCCCCCCCAGACCAGCUCUUCUGCUGGACAGACCCUCCCGGAGGAAAAAGGAUUCAGUGGAGAGUCACCCAACACGAGUGGAUGACACCAGGAUCGAUGCAGAUGACAUAGUGGAGAAGAUAAUGCAGAGUCAGGACUUCACAGAUGUCAGCAAUACUGAAGACAGCAACCUGCGGUUGUUUGUGAGCAGAGAUGGAACAACUACACUGAGUGGUAUUCAGCUGGGAAACAGGGUCUCAUCUGGAGUUUACGAGCCAGUGGUGAUUGAAACCCACUAAAUGUGAAGAACAGGGUAGAGCUGCUGGAAACAGGCCCCCUACCCAAUCCGCUGCCACAUGGAUGCCAACCUUUACCUCUCUUCAUGCAGCAUUCCAGAAGGGAUUUCUCCGUGCCCCUACCCAUAUGUUUGCACUGCAGAACUACUCCGAGACCACUCCAGAUCAUGCACUUUCCCUGUGUUGGCAGUACCCUCCUUCACUUCCCAAUUUUUCCAGUGCCUGCCCUCCCCCUGUUUGCGAACAGACGCAAAGUGUCUGCUGGACUUAUCCUUAGUCCUAGAGCAUGUUGCUCUUCUGCAUCCCUCACUACACCCAUCCAUUUGCAACGGGGGAUUUCUCAGCUUGUCUCCCCAGAACAUUGGGUUAUGCCACUGUGAACUCUUCAAACCACUUGGGGGGGAACCAUUCUAACCAAACCAAGAGCUGCUUGUUGAUGACACGGUGAAAUGGUUACUUGCAGGAUGCUUUUUUCCAUUGACUGCAAGGGAGCAUCACCUUCCAAGGCAACAGUUUUAUUGAACAAGGUAUGCAGUGGUGUACACUUCACCUUCCUACACUUAAAACCCCAAAAUUCUUUUUCUCAUAGGAAGUAUCUCCCAAAAGUACAUUUCAGAAAAUUACCACAAUCCAGAUGGGAGUUGAUAAAUGGUUAAAAUGCUAGUGCUUGUUAUACCACUAACUGUAUUGCACCCUUCCACUGCUGGGCAUGGAAGGGCAGUGUUCAUCUAUUAGCAUUAGCAGGAGCACUUUAGAGAUUCCAGAUUUUACCUGGAGGAGGCUUGUCUCUGCUGUUCCAGGGGAAUAAUCCAUAUUUGCUGGACUGAUUCAGCAAAUAAUCACUGUUGGAUCUUGGAAUACACUGCCUCCUUUUUGGCUUAGGAAGGGAAUUGCCCUUCUUGGACUGUGAAAAGAUUCUCAUUAUCUGAUGACCAUCCCCUGGGCCAGAGCGGGAUGCGGUUUUCUGCAGUGGUCUCUUUGGUUUGGUGGUUAACAAUUGCCUCUCUUGGCUUGGGCCAGUAAGGUAAUUGGUGCUGGUUGUCCUUUCUUGAUCUGUCAGUAGGAGUCUAUGCCUGAGCUGGUUCUUUCUGGGGCUGGAGAGAAGCUCUGCUUGUAGGGCAAGAUAAACCCGCUACCUUCUCCUUCAGAGGUAGAUGGGAUAUUUUCUGCUGUUCUCUCUACAGCAGCUGUUCUUAGCCACUCUGUGAAGAGUCAACUUUUCUGACAAGGUUUCAAGCUUUUCUGGUUGAUCUUUCAAUUGCUCUUCUUCGGGUUUUUCUGCAGUUGUUUGACACUUCAGCUGCCUCUUUUCCUCGAUGUGAGCAGCAGAGAUGUCAGUCCCUUUCAGCUCUCACUUAUAGAUUCUCCUGGCAGCUGAAUUGCAGAUGAGGAUCUGUGCAGCCGUGGGCUGUCAGCAGGCUGUGCUUUCAGCCUUUCCUGUACGGCGACUCGCGGCCUAUAAGCUAUUUCUGUGUAGUAUCCUUUCCUCUUUUGCCGGUGUACUGUAGUAGCACUCAGCAGACGUGCACCUCGAGUAAUGGCACAGGCACCAUCCUGGCAUGGUCAGAACAUGCCCUUCUCUGACACACGUGUGCGUGCACACUCUCACAGGCACACACUGUUUCAUUCGGUGAGGAAAGACUCGUAACUGAUCACAUUGUUGUUCAAAUUCUUAUCAUAAAGCCUUUAUAAAAAGGA